UCGUUUCUGACUUCUGUUUCGUUUUUACUAUUAAUUAAAAAUUAAUCAAAUUUAAAUUUUUACAUGUAAAUUAAAGUAUGAUUUGCUAUUUUAAAUUCACAUUAAUAAAAUCUUUGAUGAAUAAUAUGUUUUUAUAAGUUCAGUUUAAGGAGUUACAAUGUUUGUAGUAAAUUGCCUCUUAUAAAAUUAGUCGUAGAAAUCGCCUAUUUCCUUUGUGAAAAGAAUAAUAAAUGUAAAAUGCCUUGUGAAAGUUGCGCUGUACAGUUCAGUGUAUUUAAGAGAAAACGGCUAUGCUCAGAAUGCGAGCGAUAUUACUGCAGUGGAUGUUUACGACGGGGAGGUGGGACUAUGUGUGCUCCAUGCCGUGUCCUAUCAACCAGACCCUUGUUCCGACAAAACAUAGCUCACCUAAAGGUGCGCGAUCUGCAAUGCUUCCUUAAACAUCAAAACAUCUCGACUCGAGGCUGCGUUGAAAAAGAAGAGCUUUUGAGCUUGUGCAUCUCUCAUGUGAACAGCUCAGCAUACCGCAGACGAGGCUCUCGGACUGGGGCUAGUCCAUUUAGUAACACACUAAAGGGCAUCACCAAUAACAUCAACGAAUUUAUCACUUCUACGUUUGAUUUGCGAAAUACAGGGCAUCAACCACCACAUCCCGAUAGAAGUAACUGUUACAAUGCAGCUCACUCUCACUCUCCAACUGGAAACAGUGAAAUGAAUGAAAACAUAUCUGAUCAACGAUUUACACCUACUCCAGGUGGGGAACGCGACGUACGGGUACCAUUCGUGAUACCGGCACCUGUAUCGCGCAGUGCUUCAGUCGAGACUGCUCGAGUGGACACCACCGAUUGCUUUGAAAUAGAGGACCUCGAAGACUUUGGCUGGGAAUUUGUUACUCCUCCAGCUGAUCCUUUGCCUACAGAUUCAGCCGUUUUAAUAACGGACGAGGAGGUGACGGAGCUGCGGUCGGCCGGAGGGCGCUCGGCCUCCGACCUGGACCUCUCCCGCGGCGAGCCCCACUCCCCCCCCGAUACGGCCAGUCUGCGCGACGAACCGCUGCACGUCACCGCGGAGAAGGAGCCGGAGACCGCUCGGCCGGUGAGCUUGGAACAGAUCAGACGGGCGUCGGAGCUGGAAGGGCUGACGGUGCGCCAGCUUAAGGAGCUGCUGGCCAGGAACCGCGUCGAGUAUCGGGGCUGCCUCGAGCGGGCCGAUCUGCUGCAGCGCGCGAGGCUGCUGCUCGCCGACCACGCCCGGUGCCGCGCGGAAGUGGAGCGGCUGCCCCUGGAGGAGUGCUGCAAGAUCUGCUGGGCGGCACCGCUGGAGUGCGUGCUGCUGGAGUGCGGCCACAUCGCCGCCUGCACGGACUGCGCCAAACGUCUGCCCGAGUGCCCCAUCUGCCGCCAGUACGUGGUGCGCGCAGUGCGCUUCUUCCGCUCCUGAGCGCCUCUCGGAGUGAUGGAGAAGACAAUUGUACAUAUUGAGAGUUACCCUAUUUCCCUAAUCCUGAAACGACCGAGUCGGUUCCCGGCGGAUCGAAUGUUUCCGUUCGAGAAAGAAAACACUCGCAUUCUUCGAGUCAGUCUCGUCCGAUGCCGUGAGUCUCCGAGGGCCGGUCCACCCUGAUCACGGAGGAGGCCAGGGCGAAGUAUCCCUCGUAGCGCACCUGCAGAGGCGUGGUGUCGUAGUGGUAGUGGCCUCCGUCGCCGUGAGCACUGUACCCGUGGAAGUGCUGCACGCGCAGGUCCAGGCCCUGCAACGCCAUUCCGUUUCAACGAGAUUCGGGCGGCUCGUUUAAUUUAGACCUCGUCGUUGGAGCCCGAGAAGUCGACUCACCAGGUCGCCGGUGACGAGGGUGCCCAAGUGCACGAUGGGCGCGGUCAUUUCGAAAUAGUGCAGCCAACGGUCCACGUCUUCGUCGGAACAGAGGGGCGAAGCGCUAAAGUCCGGCAUCACGUGGUGUUUCACCUUGCCCGCCGCCAGCAGGAACGCCCCGCCCAGACCUGUGACACCCGAGCGUGACUGAGCAGAGUGGAACUCGGCGGACGGCCUCGCUCGGCGUGACACUCACCGACCGCUCUGUCGCCGUACCACUCCUUCAAAGCUUCCCUAAUGGCGGUGAUGAAGUUCGACGGACCAAUCCGCUUCUCGACAACCACUUUGAGGACCCGUCCCGGCCGGCCCUCGCUGAGCAGGUAGUUGCCGAGCAGCGCCGUCCUGGUCUCGCCGGGGGGCAGCCUCCGCUGCACGUACGAGGCCUGGCCCUUGGCCGCGCCGGGCGGAGCCACCGAAACCACGCGCGUGCCCUGCGUCACCGCGCCCUUCCGCACCGACAAGUUUAUGAUGCCCUGCAAGAGAACCGCUCGUGAACUUAACCGGUUUCAAAAUAUAUACCCUUCUUUGUAAGAUAAGGAAACAUGUAUGUGUCGCCGAUUUGUGAUAAACCGCCACCACAGACGAAACGCUCAUAGCACACACUCACACAUAUACAAGCUUAUUUCAAAUAGAGCCAGUCGAUUCUUCUCAUGUCUCAAAGUUUAAUACAAGUUUUAAGCCAA